AUGUCAGACACGGAAUUUGGGAUAACCACGGCCCAGCACCGUAUGAACAACCCACACCUAAAAGUCGUCAGCGAACGCCCCACCCCCACACUAAACGCCAAGGGUGAAGCCCCGUUCCAAAGGGUACAAGGAGGAGUCUUCCCGGUGCACCACAUAGCCAGAUACAGGAUCUGGGAGGGAAUCGACAAGGCCCAGCGGAAGCAAGUAGAAUCCUGGGACCCAGCGAAAACCAUCAUCAUCGUCCUAGCCUUAGGUGGUCAACACCUGUUCAACACACGGCACAACGAGAUUGGGAUAGACGUCAAGCUCUCCCUCUCGGGCAUCUCUGACAGGAUCCACUACGUUGCCCCGGUCUUCGAAGGCAAUGGCAAAGGAGGAAAAUACGCACCCCCCAUAGUCGCAUUCCUCAGGUGCGAGGACCCAGCCACCCGUGACGCCAUCCUCGCGGAACCGUUCAUCGCAGUGAAUAACUGCACAGCGUACUGGCCAACAACCCUACUGGAGGAGAAACGCAGCUGGACGCUGGCGCACUUCGAAAUGUCGUCGACGACAGAAAUCAAGGAAAUGGAGGCGGAACUUCGGGGUGCAAUCCGGGAAAGGAUGCAUACAAACAACGAGAUAGUACUACACCUCGACCGCAUGACCCAACCGCUGACCGGAUCACUGGAAGAACGGAUCGACUCAAUCGCUCUCAGCAUCGAUGCCGUCUACAAAGACGACGGUGAAUGCUCUACCAUGGCUGUAUACAUGGACCCCAGCUUUGGGUCGGAAACCGAGCAACUCAAACUACGCGAGCUACUGAGACAAGACGAGUACAUAGCGGGCGCUAUCCGAUACAAACCGACUGUCGACAUGUUCGAUGGCUCAAUCAAAAACUGCGUUAUCUGCAAGCUUGACGACCAUCCAUCGCGCAUGUGCCCGUUUACAGCGGCUAAAUGGUGGGGCCCACCAGACCAACUCUCGCGUCUCCCCACGGAUCACCCGCUUGCCUCGAAAGCAGCGAAACGCAACGACCGCAACAACCACAGAGGCAGCGGUAGUUCACACCGCGGAGGAGGCCCCCGAACCCGAGGUGGAGGAAACUCUCAGGACCGUGGUCGUGGCCGCGGCAGGCGAACAUAG